UCCGGCGUGUGGCGGUGGUUCUCCCGCGUCUCCGCCCCAGUGGCCCCCGCCGUCAUGAACCGCGAGACCUUGGCGGCGGGCGAGCGGCUGGUGUCGCCGGCGUACGUGCGGCAGGGCUGUGAGGCCCGCCGCUCACACGAGCACCUCAUGCGGCUGCUUCUGGAGAAGGGCAAGUGUCCAGAAGAUGGUUGGGAUGAAAGCACACUUGAACUCUUUUUACAUGAACUUGCAAUCAUGGACAGCAACAAUUUCUUGGGCAAUUGUGGUGUGGGAGAAAGGGAAGGGAGAGUGGCAUCUGCAUUAGUCGCUCGUCGUCAUUACAGGUUCAUUCAUGGAAUUGGGCGAUCGGGUGAUAUUUCUGCUGUGCAACCAAAAGCUGCAGGCUCUAGCCUUUUGAACAAAAUUACCAAUUCUUUGGUCUUGGACAUCAUAAAGUUGGCUGGUGUCCAUACAGUAGCCAGCUGCUUCGUAGUUCCUAUGGCAACUGGUAUGAGUCUAACCCUGUGUUUCUUAACGUUACGACACAAAAGACCAAAGGCAAAGUAUAUUAUAUGGCCACGAAUAGACCAGAAGUCCUGCUUUAAAUCCAUGAUUACUGCAGGUUUUGAACCUGUGGUGAUAGAAAACAUUUUGGAAGGUGAUGAGCUGCGCACAGACCUGAAAGCAGUGGAGGCUAAAGUCCAGGAACUUGGGCCUGAUUAUGUUCUGUGUAUUCAUUCUACCACAUCCUGUUUUGCUCCAAGGGUGCCUGAUAGAUUAGAAGAACUGGCUGUGAUUUGUGCUAAUUAUGGCAUUCCACAUAUAGUCAACAAUGCUUAUGGAGUGCAGUCUUCAAAGUGUAUGCACCUCAUUCAGCAGGGAGCUCGGGUUGGUAGAAUAGACGCUUUUGUUCAGAGCUUGGACAAAAAUUUUAUGGUUCCAGUAGGUGGUGCUAUAAUUGCUGGCUUUAAUGAUUCCUUCAUUCAGGAAAUCAGCAAGAUGUAUCCAGGAAGAGCUUCAGCUUCACCUUCUUUAGAUGUCCUUAUUACUUUGCUAUCACUUGGAUCAAAUGGUUAUAAGAAGCUAUUAAAAGAAAGAAAGGAAAUGUUUUCAUAUUUGUCCAACCAACUAAAGAAGCUGUCAGAAACCUACAAUGAAAGAUUGCUGCAUACACCUCACAAUCCCAUAUCUUUAGCUGUGACGCUUAAGACACUACAUGAACUCCCGGAUAAAGCUGUCACUCAACUUGGCUCAAUGCUUUUUACCAGACAGGUUUCUGGAGCCAGGGUUGUGCCUCUUGGGUCUGUGCAAACUGUGAGUGGCUACACUUUCAGAGGCUUUAUGUCACAUACAAAUAAUUACCCCUGUGCUUACCUCAAUGCUGCAUCAGCCAUCGGAAUGAAGAUGCAGGAUGUGGACUUGUUCAUAAAGAGACUUGACAAGUGUUUAAAGACAGCACGAAAAGAACAAAAUAAAGAGAAUGAUGUAUGUGGAGUUGACAAUUAUGACAAACCAGAAGAUGUGGAUAUUGAAGAAAUGGCUUUAAAACUAGAUAAUGUGCUUCUUGACACAUACCAGGAUGCUUCUUCAUGACAUGUGAAGAGUUUAUUUUUGGUAAUUUGAAAGAAACGAUGAGGCUGAGUAUAAGUAAGCAAUUUAAAGACAAGACUUGAGAUUUUUGAAUUGAGAAUUUCAUAGGCAAUAUUCAGUUAAGGAAUAGACUGAGCUAGCCGUUGAUGAUUGUUAUGUUUUUUAUUAGACUGCCUGAAUCCUUGUGAUCCUUAAUAGGUCAUAAUAUACAAUGGGCAUUUUUCUAAUUGUUAAAAUAUUUGUCAAUUGGGCCAGCCUGUGGCUCACUCGGGAGAGUGUGGUGCUGAUAACACCAGGGCCACGGGUUCGAUCCCACAUAGGGAUGGCCGGUUGCUCACUUGGUGCUGACAACACCAAGUCAAGGGUUAAGAUCCCCUUACCGGUCAUCUUUAAAGAAAAAAUAUAUAUAUAUUUGUCAAUAAAGCAUCAUGAUUCAGGUAAUUCUUACUAAUAGAUUGACAGUAAAAUUACCUCUAAUUCUCUCUGAAAUGUAGAGAGCUUCCUCCUACCUAUUCUUCACCUUCCACAAAUUACUUGUUUCUGAUCACACAGAAUUUAGAAAGAUCUCUUAUGCUACUGAUUACUACAUAUUUGUUGCAGUGUGUGUCACACUAUGCCUGUAAAAUGGACAUUCUCCAGGGAAGCACAGUCAAGGUAUAAACUUUAAUUUUGACUCAAAAGUAGUAGUUCUCAACUGGUGAUUUGCUUAUGUCUAAGCAAAAUCUAGGGACAUUUUUGGUUGUCACAACUUGUGGGAUACUACAGACAUCUACACAGUAGAGGCUAGGGGUGCUGCUCAACAUCCUACAAUGCACAAGACAACUCCCUACAGCAAAGACUUACCCGGCCCAAAACGUCAAUAGUGCUAAGGUUGAGAAACACUGCUCUCAAAUAAAUGAACUCCAGUAAAGAGAAGUUUUCCAUAGCAACUUUAGUUAUUCAGUAGUAUUUCAAAGAAGAUAGCUCUAUAAAUGGUAUCAAGCUAUACUGUAUAGAGAACUUUGAGUGAUAACCAGGGUCAUUAGUCAUUAUAAAUUGUUUUAUGGCACUUGUGCAUUUUUCCAUUUGGGCAAGUGAAAAACUAUAGUUUUCACUUACUGUUCCACUUACUGUUUUUGCUUUAAGCACCCUUUGCAUAUUGGUUAGUUUGUUAGGGGUUGUGCACAGCCAUCGUCAAGAUUUGGCUGAUAUGGGUAUUUUUGAACAUAUUUUUGCUAGGGAGGUGAAAGUGAUAUAGUAUGAGAAAAAGGUGUAUUCCUCCCUCCCUGCUCAUAUGCUCAUUUUCUGAGUCUGAAAUUCCAGACUUACUAGCUCUACCAAUUAUUUGUUAAUAUCAAGAAAUAGACUGAUGUCUCAUAGCCUGAGAACUCAGUGAAGCUUCUGAAUGCACCACUGUGCCAAAGUCAUUUUCGUGAAAACCUUCUCUUUGGAGCAUUGUUCCUAAGAAAUGCUCAUGGGGGGAAGAAGUUCUUUCGGUGAAUAAUUUUAGGAAACACCUUUAAAAACCUGUCUGUUGGUGUAUUAAAGCCUCUAAAAAUUUCUUCAGUUGGAGUAUAUCCUUAUCCAAAGAGGAACCCAUUUUUUAAGUGAAAUACUUAUUAACAUUCCAUUGAACAUAUUUUCAAAAACACUGCAGUAGAAAACACUGUUGAUUUCUGGAUUGUAUUUUUCUUAUCGAUUUGGUGGUGCAAACUAUGUAUGAGAAAGGAAUUUUCUGGUAUCCUGGUGACAUUGUAAAUUAUCCCAGACUGUUUUGAAACAUGAGCUCAGGCAGAUGCCACCCCCUUUAAUGUGUAAGUUAGAAUACCUUAGAUACUGGGUUGGCAACCUUGGAAGUAAAGACUGUGUUGAGAUAAACUACCUAAUUAUAAACAUCAUAAAGAUUAUUUUUAAAUGUAUUAUAUUUUGGGGGUUCAAAAAUUUUUUUUAAAUUUUAAAUAGCUAUAAUAACUCAUGUCACAUGAGUAAGUCUGUGGAUUAAAAAGUCGUGUAAUGUUUUUAUGUGAAUUUGGGACCAAAUUGUAAAACCACUAAAGCUGAAGAGUUGCAGCAGAACCUCUAGAGUCUGAGAAAGGGAAUGAAAUGAUGUUGCAAAUGUAAAUGCUGGCAGUGCAGCUUACUAUACAUGUAAGCCAAAAUUGUUUUAUAGAACAAGUGAUCUAUAUUGUGUGAUCAUCAUUUAGCUUAAGAAAGGCCAGAGCUGAGAGACUAGCAAAUGUUUCCUUAUCUGCAGUGUAUCAGCAGUUCUUGGGCUUCAGCUGCUGAAUAGAUAAUAAUUCUAAUUGAAGAUAAAUUACAUGAACCCACAUGUGAAUGAUAGAUAUGUUAUAACAUUUUGCUCCUGAUGCAUAAAAUCAGCUGCAGUUUUUAUUAUUAACCCUUUCUCUUCCAGUGGUUUUGGAAUUCCAGCUCUAUUCCUGCUGGCUUCAAAUGUGACCCUGAGGUCAUAGAAUUCACAACGGUUUUUGAAGGGAUGUUGUAGGUUCUGUAUAUUCAGGCUUUCCUUUGCUCCCAACCCAGUGUCAUUUUUCCUCAUUCUCUCCCAUUUCCACAUGUAAGUUCUAAAGGGGCUGGCCAGUUAGCUCAAUUGGUUAGAGCGCCACCUUGUAACACCAAGUCCAGGGUUUGGAUCCCGGUACCAGCCAGCUGCCAAAAAGAAAAAGAGUCUAAUAAAAACUAUGUAUAUAAAAUUACUUAUAAAUUGCUAGUACUGACUGGUAAGCCUCAUAAUUGGCCUUUGUCUUUGUAUCCUUGAACUGGGGCAGGGGCAAUCAGCAGAUGAUACAUUUCCAGUCAUUACCUAAGAUGGUCUCUUCUAUCUUUAGGAUCCAACUACCCUUAAUAAGAUUAUGAGGUAGAAGUCUGAAGUUUAGUUUUUAAAGUCAUUGGGCUGUAGUAGUCUACCUAGAAAAGAAAAAUCAAGUAACACAAAAUAUUCUUUUGGUCUACACAAUUCAUUACUUAUACACAUGGAAGGGAAAGAUAUUUUAAAUCAAAUUCUCAAUUUGGCUCUUAGGUCCUCUUCUCUCUCUAUUAGGGAAGGAAAUGUGAUAACAGCUUUAAGAACCCAGUGUUCAACUGUAAAUCUUUCUAUGUAGCUUUUUGUAUUAGUUGAAUGAAGUUAUAGACUAUGAAUUAUUGGAUACAAUUCUGUUCAGCCAAUAGACACUUGAUAUACAGAAUGGUAAAUUUAAAUAUAAAUUAAAUUUUUUCUAAUAUUUUGACCUACCAUAUAACUCUGCUGUGAUUCUUUUUUUCUAACCACUCUAUAAUAAGAAUUGUCAUUGAGGCCUGAGCGAAAGAA